AUGACCCAGCAUUUAGUAUCUUCACUAAGUUUUCUGAGAGUCCAGCAGAUGGCAGCCAUGAUCCUCAACAGCACCGAGCUGCAGUCCCUCCUCUUCUCCUUCCUGCAGAAAUGCCUCAACAGCUCCAGCCUCCUGUCUCCUCAAAACGACACAACCCAGCAGGCCGUGCAGCACGUAGCCGGGGCUGGAGCCAGGACCCAGUCUCAGGGGAUCAUGUACAUCCUCCUGGUGGUGGGGAUGUUCAGCUUCUUCACGUUCGGCAUCAUGCUCAGCUACAUCCGGUCCAAGAAGCUGGAGAGCUCUCAAGAUCCGUACCACCAGUACAUCGCCCACGACUGGACCACGGUGGCGACGCCAUCCAGGGUGGUUGCUGAGGCCCUGCACAGGGAGGCUGCAGGUAUUGGGACCGGCAGCAAGGGGCCCGUCAUCAUCUGCAACCCUGCAGUGCUGCAGGAGCUGCCAGAUUAAACUAGAGAUGGGAUUUAUGGCUCUUUGAAGGGAGCCAGAUCUUGAGGAGCUGUUCCUUUCAGAGAGCCAUUCAAAAGACUGGCUCAUUCUCAUUGUUCAGAAAUGAACACUGCUUUAUUCACCUUGUGCAUUCCUAUCGUGCACUCUCACUGCGGGUCCCUUUAAGAUUCUGUGUUCACAGUUUCAUCCAAUGCCUGUGCAUAGGUUCAUGAGGGGGCCUGCAGGGGUUGCACAUGAACAGCGGAUGGAUUCACUGAUCAUCCAAUCACAAGCCUGCAUUCCCGUCACAGUGAAUCAGCCUGCAGACCUAAGGGCUCCUCUGAUGCUGUUCGUUCAGUAUUAUGAACAGUUUUUGUUCCAUAAUAAUGCCUCAAGCUAUUAAUAAGUUUCCUUGUGUGCCUUCAUGCGUCCAAUGAACGUAAGUUUCACGAUUUAAUGUGAACAUGUUGCUCUGAGGUCGGACUGUAUAUAGUUAGCUGCAGGCUAAUGAUUAGCAUCCCUUACUUGUGUAUGGCAUUCCACUCGGUUGUUAGCUAGCUGCGAGAGCUACACUUACA